AUGAGCUGUGGUAAGAAAAAUGCUCAAAGGGACGUUUUCGGCAGGGAUCUGUCAUAUCUUCUAGCUUGUCAUCCGGCAAUCGAGCAAUUAGACAGUAUCGAUUUAUACUCCCAUGACUUGGAAAGUGGAUACACACCUCUGCAUGUCUGUUUGAGGACCGGAUAUCUCCAGAAAGCUUUCGAAUUAUACCGCCUAUGGAGAAAACAGCACCAUUCGCACUAUAAACCUAACCUGGAAAAUAUAUGGGAUCUCAAAGAUCGUGAAGGUUUGACUCCACUUGAGCUGUACCGGUGCGAAAAUGACAUUUGGAACUACAAUAAGAUUCCGUUUUGUAUCCAGCCAGCUGGUGGUCAUAAAGAGUCAGAAGUAGGGCCUAUGUCUAUGGUGCAAUGGCGUCCUAGAAAUCAGAAGACCAAAUCGUCGCCCAGACCCUGUGCGCCAAGUAUCAAAGAGUUUCGAGAUGUUUACUUCCAUUUGCGUGGGGGACGUGAACUUUAUACCACUGGAACCAAUGUGAACCUUCAGUUAGGCACCGGUGAUUCUGAAGACCGCAAGGAAUUGUUCAAAUUCGAUGAAUAUUCACUAACAGAUUUCCAAAAUCCUUAUCUCAGACCCAGGUUCAAAACCAUGAUCAUGAAAAGGUACCAUUCUUUGAUUCUCACGGUGGAUGGCCGAAUUUUGGUAGCAGGAACGGGCACUAGAGGCAGACUUGGAAACGGAAAUACCAGUAUGUCAAACGUUAGUCAUACCAAGAUCGACUUGGAACAUCACAGUGUUCUACAGUUAGAUUGCAGCGAUCACCAUUCCGUCGCUCUCACGACAAGCGGUGAGGUUUUCACUUGGGGAUGGAAUCGCUACUCUCAGCUUGGGUACUCUACUCCCCUCAAUGGGAAAAAUAGUGACAGAUCGGCGUUGGAGAACAUUUGCAGCGCCAUUCCCAAAAAAUUAGCAAACACUCCAUGGAAAAAACACCCCUCAUAUGAUCUGAAGUUCGUUGCAUGUUCUAAAGUGCACACUUGCCUUAUAGACACCCACCACAAUCUUUUUGUGUGGGGACUCAACCUGGGUCAAAUGGGUGCCACCAAUACUUAUACGGAAGAAGACACAAUCAGCUAUAAUGGUCAUAAAGGGUGUAUUGUUAAACUCCCUUCAAAAAUUAAACUCCCGCAUUUUGUUCAAGACGUAAAGCAACUAUUCUGCACAGAGUUUGCUACUUUUAUUCUUUGGGCAGAUAAUCAGCUUUGUGUGUUUAACAAUUACAAGAUCCUGAAUUUUAGCGUGCCGAAGAUGCUUUCAAAGCAGAAUCCUUCCGAUGAACUCGAAUUGUUCACUCCAAAUUCACUGAGCAAAAAAAAUAGGAUAGUCAAAUUGAAAUCAGCAAACUCCUACGGGAACAAUCUCUGUGUUCUUUACGAGAGCGGAGCCGUGGGAAUCCUUUUUUCCAACCACUUGAAAAAUUCCGCUCAUGGCUGGUCAAAAUUGCCAAAAUCGUUGCCCAUCAAUAUUUACUGGACUCCCUACUAUGGAUGGAAUAAAUGUCUCGACUUCGAUGUAGGUUCAGAUGGGCAGUUGGUUCUCUGUACCGUAGGAGGUCACAUCUACAGAUCGGGCUCGUCAAGCAGCCCUAAUUUCGAAGUGCUGAAGAGCAAAAAGUUAACUUCAGGAAAAGUUAUCCAUGUAAGUUGUGACUCUUUGUUUUCUUCCUUUGGUGUGGUAAAAGAUGACGUGGAUAUGAUACCCUUAAGUUUCACCAAACAAAACGUUUACAACAACAUGGCACUCUACUCUCCGCUCUCGAGUAGCCGUAGGCAUCGAAGGCCAACUCAAAAAUACGAACUACAAGAUGAUGAUACGACGUUCUUCAUGUUUGACAGCUUUGUGAAAGGCUUCAGCGUCGCAAAAGGAGGAGAUGGCACAUUUUCCCACGACCAAGAUGAUGACAGCAGUACCGCGUGUGUCAGAACGGAUGAUCUUUGGAGUACACUGAGAGAAAGGUGGGGGAAGUAUAAGUGCAUUGAUUACGUUGAUCAGCUCGUAGGGCUGACGAAUGACGUAUUUACAAACGCUCGAGUCAACUUAGUUGAUACUGUAGCCUUCGACAUUCUAUUUGUGGGGAAAGAGACGGGCGUUAUUUUGGGAGGAUGUCAUCGCGGUCUGCUACAAGCAAGGGCGCCGGCCUUUCUGUCUAAAUUAGUUGAACUGGGAGGCUGUACAUCCAAGGACGGAAGUAACAUUUCUUUUCGUUUGCUAGAUGAAUACAGUUUCGAAGGUACGAUACGCAUAGAAACGUUGUUCGAGCACCACACAUCUGAGGCGCUCCCCUACGUUCUACAUUACAUGUACACUGACAACAUUUCCAGCACCUCCCACAUCGCUGAUGCCCAAGAGAGAAGAUUUCUCGAUACAUCGAUCAAAGCAUUGAUGAAGGUCCUAGACCUGCACCUGAACACUUUUAGAGGAGAUCGGUUACCGUCCUCUCUAGAGAAGCUUUUCGAAUCUUCCAUUACGAGUAAACCGUUUUUUUUGUUCAAACCCGAUGUGAGAUUUCUACUUGCAGAUGGGGCAACGUUGGAGGCGUACAGUUUCAUUUUGAUCGCAAGGUGUGCCUAUUUUGAAAGCCUUUUUUCUCGUGAUUGGUUCAGCCAGCAUGGAAGUGUCAAAGAAGUUGACCUGAAAAGCGUGACGCCCGAUGAAAUGAUGUGUGUUUUGAAAUACAUUUAUGCUUUUCCAUUUGUGGACCUAUUUUCGCAUUAUAGCUUCACUGAAUACAAAAGCUUUGUCAAUUUUGUUAUAGGUUUGGUUCAACUAACCGGCAAGCUAAUGUUGAAAGAUUUAAGAAGCUAUCUCGAGAGUGUCCUGAUCGACUUCAUAGACGCCAGCACGGUUUUGAUAAUACUUGUUAAUGCACACCGACUAUUUUCGAAGGCCCUAGUUUCUGAGUGCUGCUGGUAUCUUCACAAUAAUAUUGAACUUUUGUUCACAGAUAAGAACUCUCAAUUUAUUGAAGAGUAUUUCGACUCUGAAUUGUGGAGAAUCUUGCAGGAAUUCGUCAUCGACUCGAGAAAAAUGAACAGCCUCAGCUUUGAUGCUUGGUAUAACGAUACGGUAGAGGCAAGCUCGCUCCUUCGCCUUUUCCAAGAAAAUCGCAGUAAAUACAACGAACAUUUCAUGGACUCACUUCAUUCGUUCGAGCCUAGCUUUGAUAUCGGGAAACCGGCUAAGAAGCCAACCGGAUCAAAAAAAGGAGCCGAUCGAAGGAAAUCUUCGGGAAAUCGUAAGCCCUCACUGACCCUAGAAGACCUAGUUAAUGUGCGGCGCCCUUCCACAUCUACGGCAGAUAUCAAUAAGCCAAAUUCAAGUAUCCCCGACUUCAAGCUGAUAGACAGCAGCGAGGAGGCUGUUGAAGAUGAUAUACCAGACGCUACUCAUCAAGGUUUCGUUACGGUGGGGAAAAGUAAGCGGAGGGUGUCAAGGAGCCAGAAUGAGAGCCACCUCGCUUCAAAUACUCGUGAAUGUGGGCCUUCUAGACCGACUAGUCACAAUUCCAACACAAAUAUUGCGAGAUUUGAAGCACAGGCUAAGUUUGAGACGCUGCCUGAAAUCGCGGUGCGACAAGUGGCCCCGCGUCUGAAAACUGACCGAAAGAGUAUGUUUCCAGCACUUGGAAACUCACUCCAGGGCACUUCUAGUGUGGAGUUGUCGAGCAAAUCAACAGUAGCUACCAGCUUUUCUGGUGUCAAAAAACUAUCUCAGAAGGAACGGCUCAAAUUGGCUGCUCAAGAAGUGAUAUCAAAGGAGCUUAACACCUCAGUGAAGAAACCAGUUUGGGGUAGUAAUGCGGCAAACGCUAACCUGGAGCCUGUGCAGUCCUCUGUUUCAUCCGCGAGUAAGUUUCCGUCACUUGCUCAGUCGCUGAAAGGCACGGGAAACAAGAAAAAGGUUCCCGCCGUUAGCUUGACCAGUACAGGAGACGCUUCAACCAUUCCACUAUAUUUGAGCAACACCAAGACCACCGAACGUCUGCCGUCUCGAUCUUUGAAAGAUGCUAUUGAAGAGGAGAGGUUUGCAAAAUGGUGGGCUGAAGAGUCAGAGAAAGUCCAAUUACAAUUGGAGGCUGGAUCCACUCCGUCGACAGAUUCUUGUAGCAACAUUCCGCGGUCAGCUAAUAAAAAGAGCCAUAAAAAAAGUCAUCAUAAUUCGCGAAGGGCGUUCAACGGACGGCACUCAGAAGCCAAAGUUUAA